GUGUUCAGACGUUCCCCAUCGGUCUUGACGUGCGUUUCUCACCUCUCUCACUCUCGUUUUUUUUUUGGUUUCUCCCUCCACGUUUCCCUUUCAUUCUUACAUUGCUUCCGUGUCUGUGGAUGCAUUGGCGGAUGACUCAGUGCGAUUCAAGAACACCACCUCCACCAUAUUUAAUUGUAUAAUGGCUGUCGAAACAACUGUGGCUGAUAGUAGUGAAACAGUGGUGGCCAUCAUGAACCGUGGUGAUGAUCCAGAAGGUAGUAGCUCUUCGACGAACAACGGUUGUGGUAGUGAACAAGCUUCGCCGGAUAGUUCGUGUGUCAUCAUGGAUGAACAAGUUCAAACGGCUCACGAUCCGCCACAGCAACAGGCAGAGUCUGCUGUUUGCAGGGCAAUGGACGCGACUACAACGCCACCGCCGCAACGCAGGCAAAAUAGUGUCAUCCGGCUCAUCCGGCCGGAAUUGUUGAUGAAGGAAGAACACGUGUCGGAUGCCACGGAUUUGACUACGUCUCCUCCACGGAUAGAUGUGAUUGUUAAUCCUCAAUUUCAACCGGAAUUCCGUCCAAUGAUGCAGCACAUCCAGCAGCGCCGUUCCAUUAAACGGCCUUUGCCUCCAAAUGGCAACAAUGCUUCGGCUGUUGUUUCUUCAUCAACCAGUCCCGGUCCUUCUACCCGCACUUCGCCGCCACCACCACCUCAACAACAACCACUGGUUCAACAACAACAACGUCAACACAAUUCUGUCGUGAUGGGUCCACCACCUCCGCCAACGUUUUUACCGCCACCUUCAACGCCAACUCUUGCACCUAAAAACGGCGGUCAGACCAAAGCACCGGCCAGUGGACAGCAACGCAUCCGCAAAUCCACCGCCGGCGCCCAUAGACGUCAUUUGGCAUCGCCGCUGGAUCACGAAGAACCUUCAAGUUCCAUCCCCGAAAUUGAAUUUGAUGGAACUACUGUACUAUGUCGUGUCUGCGGAGACAAAGCUUCCGGUUUUCAUUAUGGCGUCCACUCCUGCGAAGGUUGCAAGGGUUUCUUCCGGCGGAGCAUCCAACAAAAGAUCCAGUACCGGCCGUGCACCAAGAACCAGCAGUGCUCCAUUCUGCGCAUCAAUCGCAACCGAUGCCAAUAUUGUCGACUCAAGAAAUGCAUCGCCGUCGGAAUGAGCCGAGAUGCUGUCCGAUUUGGUCGCGUACCCAAACGAGAAAAGGCCAAGAUUUUGGCUGCCAUGCAGUCUGUCAAUGCCCGAUUGGCGGAGCGUUCGCUUCCGUCCGAAUUCGCCGACGAAGUCCAGUUGAUGCAAGCCGUCGUCCGCGCCCAUAUGGAAACGUGCGAUUUCACCCGCGACAAAGUCCAAGUUUUGAUGGCUGAUGCCCACCGCCAGCCAAACUACACGGCCUGCCCGCCUACUCUGGCUUGCCCGUUGAAUCCGACUCCAGCGCCGUCCAACGGCCAGCAGCAAUUGCUCCAAGAUUUCUCCGAGCGCUUCCUUCCGGCCAUCCGCGAUGUCGUGGAAUUCGCCAAACGCUUGCCCGGCUUCACUCUAUUGGCCGAAGAUGAUAAAGUCACGCUCUUGAAACCUGGCGUCUUUGAAGUCCUACUCGUUCGAUUGGCCGCCAUGUUUGACUCUCAGAGCAAUACGAUGCUGUGCUUGAACGGCCAGCUAUUGAGGAGGGACGCUCUCCACAAUUCGUCCAAUGCCCGGUUCCUCAUGGAUUCCAUGUUUGAAUUUGCCGAAAGACUCAACAGUCUGGCGCUCAACGACGCCGAAUUGGGCCUCUUUUGCGCCGUCGUCGUCAUCGCUGCCGAUCGACCUGGAUUGAGGAAUGUGGAAUUAGUCGAGCGGAUGCAAUCGAAAUUGCGCUCCGUAUUGGAAAAUGUUUUAAAUCAAGCCCAUCCGGACAAAGCCGGACUCUUCCUGGAAUUGUUGCGCAAAAUCCCCGACCUGCGCACGCUCAAUACGCUCCAUUCGGAAAAGCUGCUGGCCUUCAAAAUGACCGAACAACAACAACAACAACAACAGCAACAACAUUACAAUCACCAUCCUCAUCAGCAAACGCCGCCCCCGACUGCUAGUCCUUGGCACAACGAUCGAGAUAGUUACGAUGAAGAAGGGGGAGCCAAGAGCCCGAUGGGUUCCGUAUCGAGCAGCGGCGCUGAAUCCAUUUCUUCCGGCGUCGAAGGCACGUCGUCCAUGAGCGAUUUGCCUCUAUUGGCCGCUGUGGCGGGAAGCGCCGUUCCGCUCAUGUCUGGAUCGUCCCAUCGGCGGCGGAUGCGAGGUCCGUCGGAGAAUGGCUCGUCUUCCAUGUCGAGUGACGGCGAGGAGAUGGAAUCAUCCGGCCGCUCCUUGUUGAGGAUUGUCGAAUCCCCACCGCGCACCCACAGUGCAGGAGCCGGAAGCAGCACCGGAAGUAUCAGUGGCGGCUGCCCGUACUCUAAGAUGCGCAAACUGGACUCGCCAGACGAUUCCGGAAUUGAAUCGGGCGUCGAUCGCUACGAGAAGAUGUCGACGGCCUCGCGGUCGACCAACACGUCGCUGUGCUCCUCUCCGCGCUCGUCGCUCGAGGACAAAGUCAAGGAGGUGGACGAGAUGCAUCACCACCAUCACCACCACCACCAACUGGCGACUCCUACUCCGUCGGCUGGUGGCCGAGUUGGACCAUCCAGCGUCGAUGAUAUGCCCGUUUUGAAGCGAGUCCUUCAAGCUCCGCCCCUUUUCGAUACCAACUCGCUCAUGGACGAAGCCUACAAGCCGCACAAAAAGUUCCGGGCAUUAACCCGAAGCAGCGCCGGAAGCAAAGGUGACGAAUCACCGAUGAGGCAUCCGUCUGUCAGCUCACCUCCGCGUAGCUCUCCGUCAUCUUCAUCAUCGUCGACAUCGACAGUCAGCGUCUUGUCUGCCGCUCUCAGUUCGCCUCCGGGCACGUACUCUGCCCUGUGCAGUGCCUUGACCUCUCCCCCGACGACGUCUUCGUUGGCGAUGUCGCUAUCCUCGGGGGUCGUCAGUUCAUUGACGUCGACUCACUCGACGCUGGCUCGCUCCCUGAUGGAAGGGCCAAAAAUGGUCAGCACCGAGCAGCAGCGCCGCGCCGAUCUCAUCGUGGCCAACAUCAUGAGGGGCAACGUGACGGGCUCGUCACCCACUCCGUCUUCGUCCAGCCAAUCGAGUUACUCGAUGUCUCCGUCACCUCAUUCCAGCGGACAACAGCAGAGGACCGUUUUGACGUCUGGUCCACUCUACGUCGGCUCACCCGCGCCAUCUAGCAGUAGCAGCUGGAACUAUAACCACCAAAGGGCAUCGCCCGUUUCACCUCGGCUCCAUUCCAGCCCGAGUCCGAGUCGAGUUGCGCAACAGCCGGAAUUGCUAUCUGCGUCCAUCGGUAGCGCCGACUCGCAACCGUUGAACUUGUCGCUCAAGUCGCCCUCGUCGUCGCCGGCCAGGCCAACGACGCCAGUCACGCACACUCAUUACUUCCCCCUUCACGCCUGAAGAAAAAAAAAAACCAACAAAAUAUUGAUUUCCCUCUAUCACCGUACCUGUGGAUUGUGUGAGUGUGUGUGUUGGACGUGAAAGGGCGAGAAUGAGGUAUGGGCUGACUGGAUGAAAGGGAAAAAAGCAACAACAAAAAAUCCCACAAUUUGGUUCGUCAACUGUACUUUUGAAUCGAUCCCUUUCAAAUGCUACAACCACAACCAACAACAACAACACCGUUUUUGUACAUUUGCAGAACUAAAAACUGUAAACUAGUUCUUCUACCAGCUUCGGUCGAGUUUAUAUAUAUAUACAAGUCUCUUAUAUUCCCCACCCCCCGUUCUACCACGACCGAAUCGUUAUGCAUAUAUUUGUAGACGUUUGAGUGUAAAGUUCAACUACUUGAUCCUUUUAAAUUUUUUUCUGAAAGCAAAAAAAAAAAAAAAAAACAACAAACAAAAAAGAAUCAAGAAAACUCGAAUCGCGGAAUCCCUUGCUGUUAAACAGUCCCAUUCGAAAUUGGCGCGAUUUUUUAAAAUUUCUUUCGGGGAAAAUUGUGUGCGUUUUAUUGUCAUAGAAGCCGGUGGCGUCCAAGACGCGUUUCUCUUUUUUUUUUUUUUUUUUUUUUUCAAGUGAUUUUUAAUCCCGGCAAAAAUAUGUGGGAAUUUAAUCGCCCACUAUUUUUCGGUGAAGUUUUGUAUUUCCUUCUUCGCAAAAAGAAAAAAAAAAAGAAAAAAAAAAGCCCCUUUACCAAGAAAUUGUCCGUGUAUCGUAUGUCGUCACACACCUGCUCGACCUAGCCCUUUUCAAAAGUUUAUUUUUAUUUUUUUUUUUAUGAAUCCUGGACAACUCUCGAGUUGAAAGGUUGUGACGAUCGAUCUCGACAUGAUUUUUUUUUUAAAUUUUGAAAUCCUUGAAUUUCUCUUAAAUAUCCCAAAACGAAAAACAAAUAGACAAAAAAAAAAUAGCGUAUUUCGUGUGCUUGUGAUUGAUGUACGACGGACAACCCAUUUCCUGUGAACGACAGAGAGAAAGAACGUGAGAAUCCGACGGAAGGGUAUCCUUAAGAUUGGGCUGGAGCCCUUCCAUGUUUCUGUGCGAGUCGCCUGUCUUUUAUGAUUGUUUUAUCCCAGUGGAAGACACACCCUUUUUUUUUCUUUGAUUUUCGGUUUUUACCAAUUUUUAUAUAUAUUAUAUAUAUAUAUUAUUACAAAAUAUAAAUUGUGUGUCACAGCGUGUUUGUCAUCUUUUUUUUUAACGGGGGGUAACAUAUUUUCGGAUGGUUGCGGGAGGAAAAAAAAAACCGAGUGAUGGGUGAGAAAAAAAGAAUGUUUGAAUUUCCCUUUUUACUUGACAUUUUCCGGGGUUACAAUGUACCCCGAAUUUCUGUAAUUUUUUUCUUCUUCCGUCUCUUUCAUUUUGUAUGUUGUUCUUCAAUGGGAAUUAUGGAGACAAAGUGAUGAAUUUCUCUCUGUCGUUUAUAUAUAUAAUUUUUUUUGUUUCAAUUGUUCUGUGUGUUUAAUUGCAAUUUUAUCGGCAUUUUGAUUUAUUCGAAAGGGGAAAAAAUGUCUCUUCCCUUCCCCAAUUCAUAGUGUAAUGGAAUGAGUGUCCUUAUGUGAGAUUUUUUUUUCUUUUUCAAAUUGUAUGUGCCGAGUGUUCUACUGACCGGUUAAUGUAGCGCAUUUUGCAUGCGCAAUCUAGACAUUACAAUUAUGCAAGAAUGUC